UAUUAGCAUUCCUAUGUCAAAAAAUGAAGCAAUUUAAACCGUAUUUUCUUUAUUGGCAAUGCACAUACAUAUAUUUGUUUAUUCGUUUUCCUAUAAAUAACGCUUGCGAUAUCUUUUAACAUCUUAAGCUUGUUCUGAUCGAGAUCGAAUCUGAUUUUACACCAACCAUCUAAUACGUAGUAAUACGUGAUACACAUCGAUAUGUGUACACAUUGAACAUUAGAUUUCGUAAGCAAUGUAAAUGUUAUCAUAAAUUACUGUACUUGGUAUAGUUACACAAAUAUCUUGUCUAUGAAAACAAUGACACGUAUAUCUUAAAUUACUGCUGUCAUUAAAAAUUUUCCAGUACGCUAGUAGCACUUAAGCGACACUUGCGAUACCAAAAGUAGAUACCAAAGUACAAAUGUCUGCAUCAACAGUUUAUUGUACAUUCUGUAUGAUCGAAAUCAAAACAAAACCCGCGUGAGUCUAUUGUGCAUUAUUUAUAGUUCUGAUUAAAACGAAAUCCACAUGACGAUUAAAAUUUGUAUUACUAUUCGUAGCAUUCCAAAAGUGUGAUAAGAACAGCCUGAAAAAUGGCACAGAAGCUUUAAAAACACAAUUUGAUCCUACUGGUUAGAAUUUUUGUUCUUAUGAAGAAAUUAUAUCAAAUUCAAGUUCUAUGUAUCAUCUAUUAGAUCAAUAUUUUAUAGAACAUCAACAUAUUCGAUAUAAUCCCUUAAAGGGAGAAUGGGUACUAGUGUCACCACAUCGAAUGAAACGACCCUGGGGGGGACAAAUUGAAACAAAUAUAGAAGAAGAUCUUCCAGAUUAUGACCCUGAUAAUCCACUUUGUCCGGGCAACGUCAGAGCUAGUGGACAGGUAACUCCAAUAUAUGAAAAUACAUAUUCAUUUGUCAAUGACUUUCCUGCAUUAUUGGAAUCAGUUCCUAAUCCAUCAAAAUCUGAAGAUGAAUUAUUCCAAAUGGAUGCUGCCAGAGGUACUUGUAAAGUGAUGUGUUUCCAUCCCAAAUCAAAUGUAACAAUAGCACUUAUGAAAAUUUCAGAAAUUAAAGAAGUGGUUAAACGCUGGAUUUUUGAAAUGCUUGAGUUGGGAGAGAAAUGGACUUGGGUACAAAUUUUUGAAAAUCGUGGUGCUGUAAUGGGCUGUAGCAAUUCUCAUCCUCACUGUCAAAUUUGGGCUAGCUCUUUCUUACCAAAUGAAGCUAAAAUAAAGGAUAGAUACCUCAGCGAUUAUUAUAAUCGUAAUAAAAAACCACUUCUUAUAGAUUAUGUACAAAAAGAACUUUUCAAAAAAGAGCGCAUUGUAUCAGAAAACCGAGAUUGGGUAGUUUUAGUACCAUUUUGGGCAGUAUGGCCAUAUGAAACUAUGGUAUUGCCUAAGAAACAAGUAUCUAGAAUGCAAGAUUUAUCAGAAAGUCAACAAGAAUCAUUAGCAGCUACUAUGAAAAUACUGUGUACAAAAUAUGAUAACUUAUUCCAUUGCUCUUUCCCUUAUUCUAUGGGUUGGCAUGGAGCCCCAACUGGACCAUAUGUAAAACAAGAUUAUCCUUAUUGGACUUUCCACGGAAUUUAUUUACCUCCACUAUUACGUUCAGCAACUGUAAAGAAACAUAUGGUUGGCUAUGAACUUCUUGCACAAGCACAAAGAGACUUAACGCCAGAACAAGCAGCAGAGAAAUUACGAAAUUUAUCAGAUUCCCAUUACAAGUAUCCAGAAACCAGUUUAACUAGUUCUGAGAUAGAAGAGUAUUCUAAAUGAAUUAAUUCACUUUAUAUAACUAUAUAUUUUUAUAAAUGUACGUGUUAUUCACGUAUAUAUAUUUAUAAAAAUGUAAUGUCGAACAUCAUGUAAUUAUACACAUAUUAAUUUUAGUAGUAAAAAUCAAUAAACAUGAAAGUAAUCAAUUA